AUGGCCGGUGAAUCAGAUGGUCACGUUCAGAAAUUGGUGGCCUCCUUUCACACGCUGCUCGAUGAGGCGCUCAUUGUCGCCAUCGCAAGCGAUUAUAACCUCGAGGACUCGUCAGCAUAUGAUGCUGCCCACCUCACACUCCAAGGCUUAGCACAAACUGUUCGCAGCGAUGAGGCCACCGGAUUCAACCCUAGCGGGAUCCCCGUUUUAGUUGACGGAGAGGUGGACAAGAUCAUCUAUGAGCCUGCUUCUACAAGCGGUAGCUGUCUUACCUCACUGUCUCACUGCACAGACCCCUCCAGUACAGACACCUCUUCCGCGCCAGAAUCAUCUGCCGGCCUUCCCCGCGUUACGACCUUUGAUGAUGACAGCGACGAGUCCAAAGUCCUGUUGCUGCAGUCCAUGUUUUCGGAUCUCAAGCCGUACACUAUCACGUAUUCUGUCAGGAAGGCAAACGGGAAUUUCCAAGCCGCCUUGGAUGACCUCCUCAACGUUCAAUACCUCAGGUCAACCGGUCAAGAGUUGAAGGGCGUGGACGGGUUUUUCACACCCGACGAUUCGGCCCCAUCCAGGACCAAGCGCAGGAAAAGGGCCAAAAACAGACUGACGCCGAGUUCGGAUCUGUCGCGUGACUGCUCGCCAUCUCCCCGCAUCGAUUCCAACGAUCAGGACGAAAUCGAGUACAUUGCCGAGAGGUUUGGCAUCCGUUCCGGCGAGGUAUGUGAGGCGUAUUACAAGACUGGGCAGUCCAAAGGCGCAACGGUUGUUGAACUGCUGGAUCAAUACAUAUCGCACGGCAUCGAGGCUCAAGACGAGGCAGGAAGGCAGCAGGCCCGAGAGCUGACGCGAAAGUACCGCCAUGUGCCGGAUGCAUAUAUGUCGACCAUUGUCCAUGUCACCGGCUCCGUGUCACAGUUUGCCGAUGACCUGGCUGCGCUCCUAAACAAGCACUUUUCCGACCUGCCGAAGCGCCAGAAGCUGGAUCUCACCCACAGACUAUCGCCACUGCCCCCCGAGGACAUUGAGGAUGGUUGGAUACUCAAGUCCGGGCGCGAUGCCACCAAGCAGUUGACCCACAAGCCAGCAUCAAUGAAUUUCGAGGAGGCAGCGCAAAUAGCCAACCGUCACCAUCAAGCCAGAAUGGACUCGAUCGCCUCGGCGGCCCAGCUCCGCCGACGUGGAGCCUCGAGCCCGCUGUACAGACAAGCGGCAGGGUUCUAUACCGACCGAGCCCGUGAGCAGGCGAGGCAAGCUCAAAAGUCCACGUCCGUCGCCGCCGACUUGCUUGUCGAGACGCAGAGCACAGCCGGGUCGAUCGACCUGCACGGCGUACUUGUCCACGACGGCGUGCGCAUCGCUCUCCAGAGGACUCAAGACUGGUGGCAUGACCUGGGAGAUUCUCGACCCCGCAAGGCCAAGGAGCAUGGCUUCACCGUCAUCACAGGCCUCGGCCGCCAUAGCGCCGGCGGCGUGUCGCAGCUGAGGCAGGCCGUCGCCGCCGCACUCUUGCAGGACGGAUGGAAGUUUCAUGUCGAAUCAGCGGAUAUUUUGGACAUGGCCACCAGGCUCGAGAGGAACGAGUCGCGGGGAGAUUCAUGA